AUGGAGGAGAAGCUAAAACUGUCGAAGGACAGCACUGCCCCCUUGGCGGACGCCACGAACUACCGGAGCAUCGUCGGUGGGCUGCGCUACCUCACGAACACACGGCCGGAAAUCGGGUUCGCCGUGGGGUACGUGAGCCGAUUCAUGGCGGAACCGCGGGAGGAUAACCUCGCCGCGGUCAAGCAUCUGCUCCGCUAUGUGGCAGGGACGUGCGGACACGGGCUUGUCUAUCCAAGGCAGAGCAGAAGAGCGCUGGAGCUGGUCGGCUUCAGCGACAGCGACAUGGCGGGCGACGUUGAUGGGCGGCGGAGCACGACGGGCGUGCUCUUCUUCCUUGGAGCGUGCCCGAUCUCCUGGCAGUCAUUAAAGCAGAAGGUCGUCGCGCUGAGUACUUGUGAAGCGGAGUACAUUGCAGCGGCGAUGGCGUGCUGCCAAGGAGUUUGGUUAGGGCAGCUGCUUGGGGAGCUUGCUGGAGAAGAAGCCCAAGCACCCGUCCUGAUAGUGGACAAUCUGUCCGCCAUCGCUUUGGCAAAGAAUCACGUCCACCAUGACCGGAGCAAGCACAUCGACACCAAGUUUCACUUCAUCCGUGACUGCGUCAAUGGUGGACUGAUCAAGCUCGAGUACGUCGAGACUGCUCGACAACUCGGGGACAUCCUCACCAAGCCUCUCGGUCGAGUUCGGCUCAUGGAGCUGAAGACCAAGAUAGGGGUCGAGGAGAUCAAGCAAGAGCAGUGCAAUUAG